GUAUUGUUAGUGGUCAAAAGAGAUCACCAAUUACAAUCAAACUUGAACAAAUCCCAGGUAUAUAUGUUUACCAACUGAUUGCCAUAAGAAGUCCAAAGAUAAUCAACGAAAUUCAAGCAAAGCAUUGAAAGCAAGGUGCAGACACACAUAAAGGGAGUCGUUUUCAGGCAGUUUUUUAGGCUUAACAAAGAAGGUGACUCACGUAACUCUAUAUCGUGUCCAUUUUGUCAUGCCAUAAAGCCACCCCACCUCUUCCAAAAAAAAAAAAAAAAAACCGCCUAAACUGACCUUCACACCUCACUCGUGGCCUUCUCUUCGCAUAAAUUCUAACCAUCCCUGUUAUUCUCCAUAUCCCUCCUCUCUCUUUGCCAUGGCUUAUAAACUCUCAAAGAAGCCUGUUUUCACAUUAAUGGCUAUAGCAGAUGUUGCUUCAUGGUACUGUGCUCUUGUUCUGGUUACCCUUAUAUUGCAGAGUUCCCUAAGAGAGACAUCCAUCUACGAUCCAUAUGAGGUAUUCAAAGGCAACCAAAUCUUGGACAGACCUUGUGACGAGAUUUAUGUUGUCCAAGAAGGAGAAACUCUUCAUACUAUCAGCAGUAAGUGUGGUGAUCCCUUUAUAGUGGAGAAGAACCCUCAUAUUCAUGACCCGGAUGAUGUUUUUCCUGGACUUGUCAUUAAGAUUACUCCUUCAACACCUAUAAAGAUGUUAAGAUAUUCUGUAAUGAAAGAGGAUAAUGAAUGAGUACGUGAGGUGAAGUGUGUGUAAAAAGGACAUAUCAGGCUUCGGGGAACUUACAUGUUGACAUGGUUGUUGAUUCCCAGUUUCGUAUAUGCCAGUGGUCCAUCAGAUCUACGCUGUCGUUUUCUAUGUGUUUGUUACCACCACAAAAAAAAUAAAUAAAAUGAUUCUUUAUUUUUUCUUUCAGUUGAUAAA